UUGACAGGUUGUUAGUCAGCUGUUUAGUGUUUAUUUCUAUACUUUUGUUUACUUUAGUUCCAUUCUUUUUAAAUCAUGGCGUAUUGCGUAUUUUGUUGUAAAACAAGGCCCCAGAAAGUUAUUUUAUUUAGAGAAGAAACAUUCAGAAGGUGCCAGGAAGUGUUAAGGUUACGUAAAGAUUUCAAAUUUAAAUAUCACGAUAUUGAAUUACCGACGGAAUUGCAGGCAACUCACGGUUAUCAUACGAGUUGUUACGGAAGUUUCACCGCCCUAAAGCAGAAGUAUUUCGAACCGAAAACAGUGUUUAAGCCGAAUUUAACGAAUUCACAAUCAAAAAGUGAAAGUGAUGAUCGCGUAUGCAUUUUUUGCGGUAGAAGACAGAAAAUGAAGCGCGAUACUCCUCAAUAUUUACAUGCCGAGCAGAAGAGCGUGUUUUUAGAUCGAGCCAAAAAGUGUGCGCCUUCCGAUUACAACAAACAAAUCAUAAAGAAAUUAGAAAGCUUAACCACGGAUACAUUUUUCUACCAUAGCUUUUGCAGAAGCCUUUACUAUGACAAAAGUAAAAAAAUCAAAUCAGAGGAGAAUAUCAUGCGUCGUAAUUAUCGAACAAUGGCUUACAAACAAACGUGCACGUUUGUAGAGUUAAACAUUCUGGGCGAAGGCACUUGCUACUUUUUAUCACAGUUGCUGGACAAAUACUUGAGUUUUCUACGACAAAUUGCCGAAACUAAUUCAGAUGUUUUCGAUCAUUUUACAUUGCAAGAUCUUGAGAAGAAGCUUUUAAAAACGUUCGGAAAUGAGAUUAAAAUAAUAGAGAGCCACAAUAGGAAGAUAGUGGCGCCGAAGCAUGUGGAUAACGCCGAUGAUCAAUUAUAUUUUGCUUUGGAGGAAACUUUCAGAUUAGCAAAAUUACGUGCAGCUGCUGCUGAACCAUCCACGAGUGCUGAUUUGCACGACGAUUAUGAACCUAAAAGUGAUUUGGCAAUAGAACAUGUCGAUGUAGGAUUCGUAUCAUGUGAAGAUCAAUCCGAAUCCAAUUUGGAAUUCCUACCCGAAUCUGAAGAACCGCCUUUACCGACAUAUCCGAAAACCUCAACAUUAGCGUUCAACGAUAUGAAAUCAUAUUGCAGGCUGUGCCUUAAUCCUGUCAAUAAGAUGCAGCUGAUUUGCUUGGGCGACUUUCAUGACUUAAACUAUCCAUCCAGGUCGGAUCAAUACAAACGGAACAAAAUUCUACAAACCGAAGUGUACCUAAGAAUGAUAAGGAUCGUGAUGCCAUAUUUCGACCACGAUUUAGUGUUCAAUCCCGUGAUGUGUAACGACUGCACUACUCGCCUUCAGAUGGCUUCCGAUUUCAUCGAACAAUGUAUCGGCACCCAGAAGCUCAUCCAGCAGUAUAAGGACACGCAUAGCCUUUCGGAAAAAAUGGUGUCUUGCGAAGACGUCGUCGUCUACAACCAAUCACUGCUACAACCGAAACCGAGCUGCACGAAGUGUAAAAAAGGUUCUUCACAACCGAAACAGCGGAAGGUAGUCUCGGAAUCCACCGUUAAACCGUCGCCAUCUGUCGAACGUCUGAGUGAAACUCGAACCUUUCCGUCUCACGAGGAAUUUCAACAUAGUUCUGAAAAUGUUGAUAUCCAAAUGGAAAAUACCGAUGAGGAAAUGGAGCUCGAAGAAAAAUGUGAAAUAACUGAAGAGGAAAUUUGUUUUAUUAAACAGGAAGCUCCUCGAAUUAAGACCGAUGAUACGAUUGAAACAAAUGUACCAAUCAAGACAAAAAGUGUUGUAAAAAUCGAACCUUGUUCGACUGCUACUUCAGGCUCUACCGUAACGAUUGUUCCAAAUGUUGUUAAACCAUUUUCUAUGGCUGAUGUGUCUUGUAAUAUGAAUUCAAAUGUUAAUAACGUUAAUAACUCUAAUAACUUAGUUCGUGCAGUUUAUUUACCUUCUAAUACACCAAUUCCGAAUUACCGUCCUGGUUUUCGGAAAAUUGCACCAGCUACUGGUAUUAGUGCUGGUAAUCCGAUUGUUUUUGUUGUUUCUAGUGUUAAUUCGCAAUUUCAAAAUAGCCAAAAUAGGUAGAAUGUUAUAGUUUGUGAUUUUCGAAGAUUUAUUACUGUUUUUUUUACUAUGUAAAAAUUGUGAUUUCUUAUAUUGUAUAACAUACUUUUCUACACGGCCACUACUGAAUGUACUUACAUAUAUUUCAUUCUAAAUCUACUUACAUAAUGUUCGUUAUGUAAUAGCUACUGGCCAAUGGAUGUGAAUACCAGGCCCGCGUCGUAGAUAGUCAUUAAUUUUAUGACUGGCAGUUAUACGUAUAAAGUAUUUAAUUUGAAUUUACCCGAAUAAAGAUAAGCGGGAUUUGUUGUCGAGCUUAAAUUAAAAAAUUGUUUAAUAUAAUGAUUCUUAUGGGUCAUUCUUCAGAAAAG